UCAACAUGCGCUCCUCUAGCAUUUCUUCCCCGCAGUUCUCCAAGUGAUACAUUACCUGCCUACAGCUUCCUACUUUAUACCCGCCUCCUCUGAUAGUGGUUAAACGCCGGUUUAGCUCUCAGUGUAAUAGAAAGCCCAAGCAGGGCUCUGGGUCUGUUCAGCAUACAUAAAGGCGAGCUCAGUGCUGAAUUUAAUCACUCAGCUCUUAAUGGAUCUUUGAGACUCUCCAUCGUCGCAGGCUGCUGCCCGUGUGCGUCUUCAGAACGAAAGCAGAAAACUGGAUUCUUUUUCAUUUGUUUUUGAUUUUUUUUUAAGUAGCUUAGCUGACAGUUAUAUGAAAUGUGUCUGUGAAGACGUCUCGUGUUCGUGGUGACAUACAGUAAAGCUGCCAGCUUUGUGUCGGGAAGAGGCUCGCGCUCCGAGAUCAUCUAGCAGAGUAAACAAAAGAGGAAUCCGUGAACAUUUGCCCUGCAGAAGGACACCAGGGAUGGUCCCUCGCUGCGAGGACUUCGGCCUAGAUUACAGACAUAAGCGCAGGUUAUUCCUCCAUGCCAGGAAAGAGAUGCAUUAAGGAAGAGAGUGGCAGAAAUAAUAAGAUGAGACCAUUUAAUGAUGGUAACCUUUAAAGAAGAAAGCACAAGCCAAACUGGGGCGUUGAAAUCUCUUCUAAACUUCACCACCAGUAAACUGAAGGCAAACCUCAAUGAAAGAAACUGAGUGGAAGGUCAGAUACCCAACAUUUCUCUGAUUGGUAUGUGAGGACAAUAGCAUCCAUCAAUGAAGAGGAGACAAAUAAAAGGAUUGUUUCUGGCCUGGAGAACAGUCGAACAUCAAGCUGAUUUCCCAGAAGGGUCGUCUCAGUUGUUCUGAAACCACAGCAGAGUCCCUCUCCACUCAUUUUAUUUUUUGGCCCUUUCUCUCAGAGAAGCACCAAUGGCCUGCAGCUCAGGCAUGGUGAUGAGUGCCUUGUUUUGGUCUGUAGCCAUUGUAUAUUUGACUCAUAUUGGCAGAGUCAGUGGAGACUGCUGGCUAAUCGAGGGUGAAAAGGGCUUUGUUUGGCUUGCGAUUUGUAGCCAAAACCAACCACCAUAUGAGGCCAUCCCACAGCAUAUCAACAGCACCAUUGUUGACCUUCGUCUAAAUGAAAACAAGAUCAAAAGUAUACAUUAUUCCGCCCUAAGUCGCUUUGCCAACUUGACUUACCUGAACCUGACCAAGAAUGAAAUCUCCUACAUAGAGGAUGGGGCCUUUUCUGCUCAAUUUAAUCUACAAGUCCUUCAAAUGGGCUUCAACAAGUUGCGGAACCUGACAGAGGGGAUCCUCAGGGGUUUAGGAAAGCUGCAGUACCUCUACCUCCAGGCAAACCUUAUUGAGACUGUGACACCCAAUGCCUUUUGGGAAUGCCCAAACAUUGAGAACAUUGAUCUCUCCAUGAACCGAAUACAACAGUUAGAUGGGUCCACAUUUACCAGUUUGACCAAACUGACCACCUGUGAGUUAUACACAAACCCGUUCAACUGCUCAUGUGAGUUACUUGGUUUUGUCAAAUGGCUCUCAGUUUUCCCCAACAGGACCAAUGAGCGGAUGGUGUGUGACUCUCCGCCUGGUGUUUCUGGUUAUAGUUUACUCAGCCAGAAUCCUAACAAUCCGACAUACCGAAAUGCACUCCACAUGCUCACCACUGUGUGUACUGAUGACUACGUGACACCAUUUAUUCCCCUACCCCCAGAGCCCACGACACCCCCACCAGACUCAACACUUUGUGGGUUGGAAGACUGUCCCUCAGGUACAGAACCAGAAGACCUUACCAUCAGUACAACCUACAAUGAUGUGGAAGUAUCCCCUAUGAUGAAAAUGAAGCAAGUAUCAAAUACAGGUGCCACCAUCACAGUUCAGAUUCCUUAUCCUUUCAAGAAGAUGUAUAUCCUGGUUUUGUAUAACAAUAGCUUUUUCACAUUUAUUAAAAACCUGAAAGACAUAAAAGAGGACGUCGAACUCAAAAACCUUAAACCCCAAACUGAUUACACAUACUGUGUCGCUUCCGUGCGUAAUUCUCUUAGACACAACCACACUUGUCUGACAAUCACUACUGGACCUCGGAAUGGAAAAGAAAAUGCUGUGAACAACGCAACCGCUACUCACUACAUCAUGACCAUUUUGGGCUGCCUCUUUAGCAUGGUCAUUUUCCUUGGUGUGGUCUACUACUGCUUGCGAAGGAAGCGUCAGCAAGAUGAAAAGCACAAAAAAUCGAGUAGCCUGAAAAAAAAUAUAAUGGAACUUAAAUAUGGUCAAGAGCUGGAAGGUGGGACUAUUUCUAGAAUGUCUCAGAAGCAGCUGCUGGCCGGGGAGAGCAUGGCUCGUAUGCCAUACUUACCAACUGCUUCUGAGAUGGAGCAGUACAAAUUUCAAGAGAUAAAUGAUACACCUCAAAUGAUGAAAGGAAAUUAUAUGGAGGUGAGAAGUAUGGACCACCAUGAACGCAGGGAGUGUGACAUGGGUAUGCCUGGGAAUAGCCAAGGGUCGGUGGCAGAGAUCUCCACCAUUGCAAAAGAGGUCGAUAAAGUCAAUCAAAUCAUCAAUAACUGUAUAGAUGCUCUUAAGUCAGAAUCCACAUCUUUUCAGGGGGUCAAAUCUGGAGCAGUUUCCAACGCAGAGCCUCAGCUCGUUCUUAUAUCAGAACACCCACAGAGUAAAUCUGGCCUUCUAUCCCCAGGUUAUAAGGACAGCUACCAUCACUCCCUGCAGAGGCAUCGGACCUCUGACGCUUCCCCAAAGAGACCCAGCACUGCCACAGGAGGACCACGAAGCCCCAGGCCUUAUCGCUCUGAGUCCAAGUACAUAGAGAAAACCUCCCCGACAGGAGAGACCAUCCUCACUGUAACACCUGCCGCCGCCAUCCUGAGGGCAGAGGCAGACAAGAUUCGCCAGUACAGUGACCACCGGCACUCGUAUCCCGACGCUCAAAUAGAGGAACUUGAAGGACCUGACGGCCACAAGUCCUCCAUGCUGGAGCCUCUAACUCACUCCCGCUCCAGAGACUUAGCAUAUGCCCAUAUGUCUUCUCAUUACCAUAAUCUAAGCUACUCCUCCAGUCCUGAAUAUUACUGCAAACCUUCACACAGCAUUUGGGAGAAAUUCAAACUCCACCGUAAACGACACAAAGAUGACGAGUACAUGGCGGCGGGACAUGCACUGCGUAAGAAAGUCCAGUUUGCAAAGGAUGAGGACCUCCAUGAUAUUCUAGACUACUGGAAAGGUGUCUCUGCCCAACAUAAAUCAUAACCUCUUUAGGUGUUUUUAAAAUGGACCACGCAUUGCAGAAAUUACACAAAAACCUCAUCUGACAUUUUCAUCAAUGGAUACUUCCACGUUAUAAUUAACAACUCACUAGAAGUGACUCACAUUCUCUUUUGACUUUGAGCAACAUGGGGUAAAGAUUCUUUAAAUUUGUCAUUUUAUGUAAAGCAUUCAUCUGGAAACUUUUAUCUAUUAAAAAGAAAAUAUAUUGCAAAUUAAUAAUAUAUAUGUUACAAUGGAUUAUAGGUUUUUGGGUAUCGCAUGGCCAAGUCCUGUGACAGUGGAUUUGCUGUUGUGUAAUAUGAAACUACAAUAUGAAGAUGUGUCUACUGAAACCUCACUCUUUUUUUCUGAGGAACUACCUGGACCCUUCAUUGAAAGAGAACUUUCGUUUCUAUCCUUCCUGCUUAUAUUUAAUUCAACUAAACUAUGUACAGAUAUGGGUUUCUAUAUUUGCAAUGUUUGCUGUGUAAAUGGAAAUGUAUUAGUAAGUGAAUCAGGUUUCAAUCAAGCAGAGCACUGUUCAUUUAAGAUAACUUGGUCCAACGUUUCAGAUUGUUUGUCAUUUUUACCUUCACUGCCUGUUUUUUUAAUUCUCUUUCUUUUGAAAGCUUUUACACGCAUUGACAGAGUACUACAGACAGAUUCUGUUUUAAUGUUCUCUUAAUUACACAACGCGGUAUUCAGUGGAUGGAAUCUCAUUGACUUUAUGCAGGUAGAAUGCAGUAUGACAUGCUGUAAUGAGGGUCUCAGUGAAGCAUACUUUUAUUUUUAGUACCAAAGUAGAAAAUGGUAAAAUGUUUACAAAAAUUCUGCAAUGUCUGAGAUUCAUCCAAACAUACAGCAGUAGGUCCUGGUCGACUAAUUUUCCUUUUUUUUUUACUGUAUCGGUUACUCCUUCGAAAGUAAAAACAUGAAGGAAAUACAGCAUCCAUAUACCGGACAUGGUAUUGUAACCCUACAAUGAAUCACUUACAUUUAAAGGUGAAGUCAGCUGUACUUUGUCGCCUGUUGUUAAGGUAAAGACAGCUGUUCUUCCCUACAGGAGGGCCCGAUGGAUGAAUGUAACAGAUACAUAUUCUGAUCUGUCUAUGGCAGCUUUCAUGUAAGGAACUAUUUAUUUAAUGCUAUUAACGACUGUGUCUUUUCCUUCGCUUCAAUAUAUUUGCUCCCAGUGUAUUAUAUUGCAUACUGUCUGAUCCGAUAAAUGCAGGAAAGUAGUUUGAUAUUUGGAUGGGCCUUGUUGCUUGCUGAGAGGUUUCAUUUGGUUUGUAACUGCAAGGCUGUUCAAUUCUUUUUGUAUAUUAUGAAAGCUACGUACCAUGACGAAUAUCAACAUGCUAGAGUAACAUUUGAGAAUGUGAAACUGAAUCCUCCGACUUACUGGCUGUGAAUUUGUAUAUCAUGAAUUUUUGGAGUAAAUAUAAAAACUUAACGCUUUUUCUUUAAAGGGUGUUCACAUAACUUAUUACAAAACAGGCUCAUGAUGAUUCAUUUCCUAUCGAUGAAUGAGCAAUAAAAAUGUAUUUAUACUCUCCUUCCAAGCUGAAGAGUUAUGCUGUUGUUACUGUGUAUGAAUUUAAAGCUUUUUGCAAAAUUUGUUAUUAUAACGAGAUAUCAUUUUCAGUUCCAAAUAAGGUAACAAGGAAGUAUUUCCAGGUCAUCUUUACAUUCCUGAUCUCAUAAUAAAGUUCAAUUGAGAUUUAUUGUAACAUUUCAUUUCAGAAAAAGCUGAGACUUGUAUGUACUGGUAUUAAUCCACCACUGUUACUAGAAUAAUAAGUGAAAUGCUGACUGCUUUAAUCCUCCAGACAGGUGCCAUGGAACCAUUGCAAAAGAAGAGAAAGACAUACACUGGAUGAAAACAAUGUUGAAACCUGUGGGAAUAUGACAUUUAGGUUUGGUUCAUGUAUUCAUUUGAAGUAACAUCAGGUCCACAUGGCAUGGAUCAAAAGUUUGUUCACUGGUCAUUUUUCAUCUCUUUAGUGGAAAAAAAGCUCAAAGUUAAAUGUGUCAUGUAGCCGUAAAUCAUGAUUAUUUGCUAAGUCAUUUUCUCCUGCACUUGUUGGCCCUUUUAUUAAAAUCACGUUUCCCACCUCUGAAGUUUUAAAUGUUGAAGAUUUUCUUUGAGGGUGGGGGUGGGGGGGGGGUUGUUUUUUAUUGAAUUUAACUUUAUAACAGGUGAACAAAACACUUAUUGUAGUCCUUGACAGUGAAUUUCAAACUAAGCUUAUCAGCACUUUUUAUGUUGCAUCAAGUUUGAAUUCUAACAUGUCUUUUUUGUGGGUUCCAGUGUGCUUUAAACAAACCACAAGUAUCAGACAGAUUAAAUGAUCUAUUUAUUGGAGGUCAAAAACAAAAACCCUAUUUUCUCUUGCUGAAUUUUGUCCAUCUUUAUUUGGAAAUAUUUGGCAUUCUCAAAAAGGUGCAUAUGAAACCUUCCAAUAUUGAUCAAACAAAACUAAAUUCAUCGCAUAUAGAUUAGUUGGAUUUGCCUGGAGUCUGUAACCUGAUAGCAGAGCUUACCCGAGGGAUUCAAAGUAUUAAGUGACGUAGUUAUUCAUUGAAUCUUUUUGUUCCAUUAGACUUGGAGUAUGGAGAUAACUGCGGGCAUUAGUUAGCCCAUUUGUAUUUUUUCUGUGUCAUAACUCUGCUUCCAUUUCAUGCAAGUGUGUCAUGAUGCCGCUAUUAUUCAUUAAUGUGAAAUGAAGCAUUCAUGAGCCUGAUGUGAAUGUGUUAUGUAAGCAUUUACAAAGUGUUAACUUGGUUGUCUGACUUAAUAUAUCAACCGCCUUAAGAUUUUGGGAUACAUGUACAAGUGUAAAUUUUCUUUUUGGUUUAUUUCCAUGUUGAUACUGUUGACAAGUCUCCAUUUGUUGUUCUUUUUAUAAAAAGCGUUUCAGAAUCUUCUGAGAGCUGUCAGGUUUCUAGUUCAUUUAGCUAUUUAGCAACAUGUUUUUUAUACUGCAUAUUGUAGCACUUCUGUGUCUAAUAAGAGUUUAAAGUGUUGAUAAAAACCUUUAGAAAGAUCAACAGUUGUUGUUCAAGUGCAUCAAAACAAACAAGAGCACAAAAAUGUGUUUUUUAUUUUAUUUCUUAAUACUAUGUUAUCUGCUUUCAGACAAAGUACUGUGAAAUAAAGUCAAGGGUGCACAUACA